CUUUAUGAGGAGCUUUGUGCCCGGGAAGCAGCGGGAUGGCAGGGAGCCAAAGCAAAGGGAGAUGCCCUGAGCCCAGGAGGCAGCAGUGCCCGAUUCCAGGCAGGAUCCCGGGAUACAGCUCCUGCCCCGGGCUCCGGGCAUGCUGCCUGUCGGUCCCAGCCGGCUGACACCCAGGGAAAAGCAGAGAAAAAGAGGAUCUUAUGAUUCUCCGUAACAGCUGCUACCUGCCAAAUCCCAACCCUGAGGCUGCCCAAUCCAUGAGUGGGCACCGGAACGUCAAGAGGCGAUGUGGGGAGUCCCACCUGGAGCCCCCCGGGGGCUGCGGCCACGGCCCUGCUGCUGCCUGUGUGCUGAGCAAACUGGUUCAGCUCCCCACACCCCCCCUCUCAAAGCACCAGCUGAAACGGUUAGAAGAACACAAAUACCAGAGUGCAGGACGGUCCCUGCUUGAACCCCUCAUGCAGGGUUACUGGGAAUGGUUAGUUGGAAGAGUUCCAGCCUGGAUUGCCCCGAAUCUGAUCACCAUCAUUGGACUGUUAAUAAAUAUAUUUACAACUCUGCUAUUAGUAUAUUACUGCCCAACAGCUACAGAACAGGCACCUCCCUGGGCAUACAUUGCUUGUGCAUGUGGCCUUUUCAUCUACCAAUCUCUGGAUGCUAUAGAUGGAAAACAAGCCAGAAGGACAAAUAGCAGUACUCCCUUAGGAGAGCUUUUUGAUCAUGGCUGUGAUUCCCUUUCUACAGUCUUUGUGGUUUUGGGAACUUGUAUUGCUGUGCAGCUGGGAACCAACCCUGACUGGAUGUUCUUUUGUUGUUUUGCUGGAACAUUCAUGUUUUACUGCGCCCACUGGCAGACCUACGUCUCCGGGACCUUGCGCUUCGGCAUAUUUGAUGCUACAGAGUCUGUGCUCUGUACAGUAGCAGUGCAGCUUCUCACAGGAACUCUGGGGCCCUGGUUCUGGAACUCCACGAUUCCAAUCCUGAAUAUUCAGGUGAAAAUAUUCCCAGCUCUCUGUACUGUGGCAGGAACAAUAUUCUCCUGCACCAACUACUUUGGUGUCAUCUUCACAGGUGGAGUUGGCAAAAAUGGAUCCACUAUAGCAGGAACCAGUGUCCUUUCCCCUUUCCUUCACAUUGGGUCAGUCAUUGCUUUGGCUGCAAUGAUCUACAAGAAAUCUGCUGUGCAGCUCUUUGAGAGGCAUCCCUGCUUGUAUAUCCUCACCUUUGGCUUUGUGUCUGCUAAGAUAACAAACAAACUAGUGGUUGCACACAUGACCAAAAGUGAAAUGCACCUGCACGACACAGCAUUCAUAGGCCCAGCACUGUUGUUUCUGGACCAAUAUUUUAACAGCUUUAUUGAUGAGUACAUUGUCCUCUGGAUUGCCCUGAUCUUUUCCCUCUUUGAUUUGCUUCGAUACUGUGUCAGUGUGUGCAAUCAGAUUGCUGCCCAUCUGCACAUCCACGUGUUCAGAAUCAAGUCCUCCUCUUCCUCCUCCUCCUCUUCCUCCUCCGUGCAUUCAAAUCACCAUUAGUAACUGGGGAGCCACCAGAAGGAGAAAGAAGAAAGGGUUGGUUUUCCACAUGAAGGAUGUGGAAGAUAUGUAGGAGACCAAGGCAAAAAAAAAAAAAAAAGCAAAAAAAGCAAAAAAAAAAAAGCAAGAUAAGAACAAAGUAAUUUAUAAUAAUCAAUGUUGUAUAACUUCUAUCCUUUGGUAUCAGUAACACUCCUUAACUAGUCUCCUGCCUGAGAGAGUGAAUUCCAAGCCCACCCUAGUCAACUCUACACGUAGUCAACUCUUGGUUCAAAGCUUGGGAGAGCAUGCAGGGAGUAAGGCUCUGUCUUGUAAUUACCUGGACUACAAAAUAAUCUCUGUAUGGUGAAUGGAUCCCCAACAACUGAAGUUUCUAAUGUAGUAUAAUUACAGCUGCAAUACCAUUUGCUUUUAAUUUUAUUAUUUCAUCAUCUCUUAGUGAAAUACUUGUUUAGUGUCCACUUGAAAUUUAUUUACUAAAGACUUGAGCUGGUAAAACCAGAGAUAUCUCACUGGCUUGUGGAGCUGAAGCAGCUGUCAAGGGUUAGAGGCCAGCCUGGGCUGGGGCUUUGCUUAUGCAUUGCUGAGAAAGCAGUUUCUUGCUAAAAAUGAUGUUGGACAGGGUUCUGCAAGCAGAAGGGAUGACUGGCAUGCAAAAUAGUGUGGUAUCUUUGUCAAUUAAUUUUAUUUUUUUAAAAUAAACAUUAUCUAAAAAAGACAA